UCCCCUCCACAGCUCCGGGUCCCCACGUCCCACCAUGGUCACCACCACGGCGCCGCCGCCCUUCUUGGCUCGCAUCUCGUCGGGCGCCGAAGACCCCCGGCGGUUGCCCUCCGGCCUCCUGCAGCGCCUCAGGCGAGGGGACAGCAACUGUGAGAACCAGCCCGGCUGCUGCCUGGCCGCCGCGGGGGGCGGCGCGCGGCCCGCGCUCAAGAGAGUGAGGCGGAGGAAGGGCAAGAUCCGGCCGGGCCCCGCGGGGCUCCUGCCGAGCCGUUACCAGCAGUACCAGCAGCACCGCGCCGGCCUGGGCAGGAGGACGCCGCUGGCCGCCUACGGCCCGGGGGAGCUGCGCGCUCCCCCAGCUCCAGGUAUGGUUACAACUCCUCCGGAGGAGCCCCCUGCGGCCGCCCCUUCGAGACCGGCGCCCGGCAGACCCCUGAGGAAGGAGGUCUUGAAGAACAAGAUGGGAAAGCCUGAGAAGGCUGCCGCCCCCCACAGCCAGCCCGUUCACGGUUUCCAUCUGUGUGAGCAACCAAAGAUUAACAGGCAGAAGGGCAAAUGUAACGUGCCGCUGACCAAGAUCACCUCCGCGAAAAAGAUAGAGAACUUUUGGCAAGAUUCUGUAUCGACAGAAGUAAUUCCGAAGCAGGAGAAAAAGCCACUUAAAAACACAGAGAACUUCAGAAACGCCAAGUCCAAGAAACCUGUCACCCUAACAGAAGCGAACCAAAAAGAAAAUUAUGCUGGGGCAAAAUUUAGCGACCCGCCGUCACCUAGUGUCCUUCCAAAGCCUCCCAGCCACUGGGUGGGUGGCACAGCUGAACUUUCUGACCAAAACAGGGAGUUGAUGGCAGUCCAUUUGAAAACUCUCCUAAAAGUUCAAGCGUAGUUUCCAAGAUCUCUGAAUGGCUGCAAAGAAAAGUCCAUCCAGGAAACUUACACAUGCCUUGUUGCAAAGAAAAAAAAAAA